AUGGGCCACCCCGACCACACCUACAAACCACUACUGCCACCCGACCCAGACCACCAUCCACAACAACGAACUGCCACCCCGACCACCCCCACAACCACUACUGCCACCCCGACACAUCCAAACAAGACUGCCACCCAGACAAACCCAAACACGACUGCCACCCCCGACCACACCAACAACAACGGACUGCCACCCCGACCACACCCACAAACCACUACUGCCACCCCGACCACGGACCAUCACAACAACGACUACCACCUCCGACACACCCCACACCACUACUGGCCACCCCGACCACACACAACAACGUACUGGCCACCCCGACUUCAUCCACAACAACGCCUGCACCCAGACCACAUCCACCAACAACGACGCCACCACCGAGCCAAACGCCAAUAA